ACUUUGAUAUAUUUUAACGAGGUUCCCUGAAAGCAUCACAAAUUGAAGUUGCCAACCCUGGUAACAGGAGUGGGUGGCGGCUGUGCCAAAACUGCCAACACGCAACCCCCGCGAUACACGCAAAGGAAGGGGCGACCACGUGGAUUUGGUAACUUUGGUCCAGCCGCACGGCGCAGACAUUGGUGUUAUCGAGUCACAACAAGAAAGAUGAAUCACAUUCCAGAAGACAACCGGCAGUACAAAUGUGUCGACUACUGGGACGAAAGGUACAAGGUGGAGGAAAACUACGACUGGUUGGGCGGUUUCUCCAACAUCCGACAUAUCUUGGAAAAAUACAUCAAGAAAGACGACUCCAUUCUCGUACUUGGCUGUGGGAACAGCAGUGUGAGCGCUGACAUGUACGACGCUGGCUACCUCUCCAUCACCAAUAUCGACUACUCCUCGGUGUGCAUUAGCACCAUGAGCGCAAAACACGCCGAUCGCCCGGGUAUGAACUGGCGGCAGAUGGAUAUGCGCCAGCUUUCCUUCCCCGAUGCGUCCUUUGACGUGGUCCUAGAGAAGGCCACGCUGGAUGCCGUGAUGGUGGAGGAGAAAACCCCCUGGGUGGUGUCCCCUCAGACUGCCAGUUUCAUUCACCAGACCCUCACUGAGGUGCGUCGCUGCCUCAAGCCUGCAGGACUGUUGGUCUCGGUUACCUUCGCCCAGCCCCUCUUCAGGAGACGCCUCUACGCUCGCAGCGAGUACCACUGGUCCAUCACACAACACAGCUAUGGGGAGGGCUUUCAGUAUUUUGUGUACGUGAUGACCAAAGGCCAGGCUCUUAGCUCAGAAGAUGCAGCUCUGGAGAAGAAGCAAUUAGAAAGUACUCAAUCUUUACCUCCAAAAACCCUUACAACAACAGAGAACCUUGAUCAGGAAGACUUCCUGUCCAAAAUUGACUUAUAGGAGGAUCUGUUUUGUGCAGUUCCUUAGCUUAGACUUAUACAUUUUAUCUUUAAAAUCAUAAAAGAGACUUUAAAUACUGACCAAGCGAACAUGUCAUCGUUAAGAUACCGUUUUACAUGUUUUUUUUAUGAUGGCAAAUGAUUCUAUAAAAAGUAAAUCUGGUUUUAAAUUGUAAUUUUUUUGUAGGGUGAAAAAUACUUUUUUCUUUUAAUUACCUUUUUUAAACAUUUUUUAAAUGUAAAAAAACCCCCCAAAAAAACAAACAAACCUGUGACAAAUAUUAAAAAAACAACUUUGUUAUAGUUGCGUUGUUUUGGUGGGCUAGCAUGAUAGCCGCCAUCUUUGUUAGCCAACAUUUUAUGUGAAGUGUUUCUUACUGGGCUAAAAUAAACACUUCAGACUGCCCAUGCUAUUUAUUUCAUGAUUUUUAUGAAUAUUAUAUGCAUUAAACACAGCUUACACACACACUUACAGUAUAAACAAUUCCUGUCCUCUUAAAACACUCCACACACUCUAAAACCUAAAUAAUAGGAAGGUAACACUUUCAUUGGUACACUGUACUUCAAAUAAUAGUACAUCACAGUUUAUUGUUGUUACCAUGUCUGAUUUUUGCAUUAUUAGUUCUCCUACACAACUUUAUUUCAUUAUUUUAUUGAACUAUUGCGCUAUACGCUAACGCUAGCUUUGCUGUUGCCUACAGCAGUGGUCCCCAACCUUUUUGUAACUGCGGACCGGUCAACGCUUGAUAAUUUGCUUUUGUUUUUUUGUUUUUUUUGUCAUAAAAAAAUACAAUCAUGUGUGCUUACGGACUGUAUCCCUGCAGACUGUAUUGAUCUAUAUUGAUAUAUAAUGUAGGAACCAGAAAUAUUAAUAACAGAAAGAAACAACCCUUUUGUGUGAAUGAGUGUAAAUGGGGGAGGGAGGUUUUUUGGGUUGGUGCACUAAUUGUAAGUGUAUCUUGUGUUUUUUAUGUUGAUUUAAUAAAAAUAAUAUAUAUAUAUAUAUAUUUUUUUUGUAAUUUCUUGUGCGGCCCCGUAUCAAUCGAUCCACGGACCGGUGGUUGGGGACCAUUGGCCUACAGGAUUUCAGUAUUUUGUGUACAUGAUGACCAAAGGCCAGGCUCUUAGCUUAGAAGAUGCAGCUUUGGAAAAGAAGCUAUUAGAAAGUACUCAAUCUUUACCUCCAAAAACCCUUACAACAACAGAGAACCUUGAUCGGGAAACUUCCUGUCUAAAAUUGACUUAUAGGAGGAUCUGUUCUGUGCUGUUCCUUAGCUUAGACCUAUACAUUUUAUCUUUAAAAUCUGAAUAUAGACUUUAAAUGCUGACUUACAGUCAGUAUUUAAAGUCUGACCAUACAGUGUCUCUGACAUGUCAUCAUUAUGAUACUGUUUUACAUGCUUUUUUAUGAUGGCUUUAUAAAAAGUAAAUCUGGUUUUACUUAAAACAUUUUGUAGGGUAAAAAAUACUGUUUUCUUUUAAUCACCUUUUUAAACUUUUUUAAAGUGUAAAAAAAAAAAGCAACUUUGUGACAUAUAUUAAAAAACAACUUUGUUAUAGUUGCGUUGUUUUGGUGGGCUAGCAUGAUAGCCGCCAUCUUUGUUAGCCAACAUUUUAUGUGAAGUGUUUCUUAUUGGGCUAAAAUAAACAUUUCAG